ACAGCUGACAAUCCGCGGGAACAACAUCAGCAGCAACAACAACGGUGGUUGGAUAAUCAGCAGCGAGUGUUUUGAGUUUGUCCUCUGGCGCCAGCAUCCCGGUGUGAUUUCAAGAUGAUCCGACAGAUCCUGCUGAAAAACGAUAUUCUCGUCCGUUUGGUGGCAGCCCGAGCCUAUAGCCAGCCCUCUGCUCCUGCCGGAUCCGGCAAGGGUCCUGCUGCUCCGGCUUCUUCUCCGGCCGCCAGUGGCGAGGUUCCCGGAUUGAGCUCGAGGUGCGUACAGCAGAAGGAUGGCCCCGUUGGACCGGGAGCGGACCAUAAAGGAACGUACAAAGUGCCCGAGUACUUCAGCUACAACCAAACCAGCUACUUCGAGGCUGAGGUAGAGAUGUCCAAGUUCCGGAUCCCGCAGCCCUCGGCUAGGAAUUGAGGCGGAACAGCACCCCCCGUAAUUCUGAUGCUAAAGAUGUGAAUAGGCGGUCAGCGGCGCAUAAUAAACGGCACAUAGUUAAUUCAA